AUGCAGUUCCACGUCCUGCCGAAGCUGACAAUAUCGCUGCCAACUGCAGCCGUCGAUUCAUCCAAGUGGAAUCUACCUCCGUCGAUGACUCUUGCUGAUCCGUGUUUCCAUGAACCUGGCCCGAUUGAUUUGAUCAUCGGAGCUGAGUAUUAUAUGGACUUGCUCUGCGAUGAACGACAGAAGGUGACGAGUGAAGGCCCAACUCUACAGAAUACGGUGUUUGGAUGGAUAGUCUCUGGUCGAAUUCCGGACAAUUGGGCAAGCAGCGUAGUCUCUGUGACCCACGUCUGUUCUACAGCAGAAAUCCAGGAUCAGCUUACCAAAUUCUGGGAACUGGAGACAUGCAGAACUGCCUGCACUCACUCAACAGAAGAGUCAGCUUGUGAGGAGAUCUUCGACAAGACUACAACUCGAGACAGCGAAGGACGUUUUGUUGUGGCGCUCCCGAAGAAGGAACACCUCAUCAGCCAGUUGAGAGAAUCAAGAGCAGUGGCAAUACGCCGCUUCAUGGGGAUGGAACGACGUUUCGCUACGAAUCCAGCGCUGAAGGAGGAGUAUACGAAGUUCAUCCGUGAAUAUGAAGACCUGGGACAUAUGGAGCAGAUUUCCGGUGACUCGAUAGGAGAAAAGGAGUACUAUCUGCCACACCAUGUGGUGCUGAAACCCGAAAGUACCACUACCAAAUUGCGAGUGGUUUUUGAUGCAUCCUGCCGUACGUCAAGUGGAGUUUCGCUCAACGAAGCCUUGAUGGUAGGACCUGUUGUGCAGGACGACAUCCAGGAUAUCUCGUUACGUUUCCGUUUGCAUCGUUACGCACUGGUUGGUGAUGUUGCGAAAAUGUAUCGGAUGGUUCUGCAUACUGAGGAUGAUCGCCGUUUUCUGAAGAUCGUAUGGAGAGAUGAAUCGACUGAACCGAUCCGUACCUAUCAGCUCAAGACGGUCACCGUUUAUCAGAAGAAGGAGAAUCAGCCUACCCUGUAG